GAAACUUAUUGUUUUAUCUAUACUUUAAUGUGUUUUUCGAGGAAGUAUAUUGGAUAAGCAACGGUAUAUAAAAAAAUAUUAUUAAGCCACAAUGUCAACGUUUUGUGCUGAUGGUCUUAUUCCUGCAAGAUUUUUAUGCCUCGUUGCUCAUUUUAUAAUACUUAUCAUGGCUUUAAACCAUAGGGAACGAAACGUAAAAGCCUGUCUACCAUAUGAUUAUGACAACGACCUAUAUAUGGAACAAGACAAAAGGUUGAUGAUUGGUUAUACACUUUCAAUUGGUUUCAUUGGUAUCGAAAUGUUUGGAUUUAUGAGUGGUAUAACAAUGUUUUCUCCAACAAACGGUUUUAUUUCUAUGAUUUGUCAUGGUGUGGCUACCAUGAUGAUGUUUUAUUUCCUCCAAGACUUGUGGAGUUGUGAAAUGUUUUGGUCUGUAUUUUUUUUAUGCAGCAUAUUUCCGUGUUUGAUCGAACUAAUUAUGAUAAGCUAUUCUUUUAUAAUGAAAAAAUGACGAAAUAUUUAUGAAAAUUAUAUUUAAGUUAUC